AUGUCUCCUGGCCUUCAGGAGGGCGCUCGGCUUGGGGAAAGCAAACCCUCGUCCCGCUCCUUUUCCAUUGAGAGCAUUUUAGGACUGGACCAGAAGAAAGACGGCGGCGCUCCACCCAUGAAACCCCACAGGCCCUGUGCAGACACCUGCAGCUCCUCAGAGAAAGAUGUUAACCUAUGUCUACAUGUCCCAAGCCUUCCAAAUGGACUCUUAUUCUCUUGUACUGUGGAUCACCCAGUGCCAGAAGAAAGAGUUAUGAAAUAUGAAAGUUAUUUUUCAACCUCAGAAAGACUGUCUUUGAAAAGAGAGUUGAGUUGGUAUAGAGGCAGACGACCAAGAACUGCUUUUACUCAAAACCAGAUUGAAGUGUUGGAAAAUGUCUUUAGAGUAAACUGCUAUCCUGGCAUUGAUAUCAGAGAAGACUUAGCUCAAAAAUUGAAUCUAGAGGAAGACAGAAUCCAGAUAUGGUUCCAAAAUCGGCGUGCCAAACUGAGGAGGUCUCACAGAGAAUCACAGUUUCUAAUGGUGAAGAAAAACUUCAACACAAAUCUCUUGGAAUAG